AUGCCCCAUAAACUAAGUGUUAUCAAAGCUAAAGAGUUAAGUGAGUUAACACAUGAUUUCUUCAAUUCAUGGAAGAAAAAAGAAAUCAAAGUAGUAAUGGAAAGAGUUGGAUUGACUGUAACAAGCAAAAUGACAAAAUUUACAAUGAUUGAAGAGUUGGAGGGAUUUUUUAAUAAAAAUGUAAUAAUCUCCUCAUUUGAUAUGGAAAAUUACUUGUCUAAGCAUGGGGUUGAAAACCAUAGAAAUAAAAAAACUUUGAAUAAGAGGAACCAUCGGGAAGCAUACGACAAUGCAAUUAAAAGCGAGGAGGAAGAUGAUGCUAUUAUUUUCAAUUUAUAUGAGUAUUUUCAGUUGAAACAAAGAUUGAUUUAUGGCGAGGAUAAAAUAGGUAUGAAUGAUAUAAUUAAGGUAGAUGAAGAAGAAGAACAAAAAGAAGAAGAACAAGAAGAGGAGGAGGAAGAACAAGAAGAGGAGGAGGAAGAACAAGAAGAGGAGGAGGAAGAACAAGAAGAGGAGGAGGAAGAACAAGAAGAGGAGGAGGAAGAACAAGAAGAGGAGGAGGAAGAACUAGUGGAGGAAGAUCAAGUUAAGGAAGAACAAGUAGAGGAAGAACUAGUAGAGGAAGAACUAGUAGAGGAAGAACUAGUAGAGGAAGAAAAAGUAGAGGAAGAACAAGUGAAGGAAGAACAAGUAGAGGAAGAACUAGUAGAGGAAGAAAAAGUAGAGGAAGAACAAGUGAAGGAAGAACAAGUAGAGGAAGAACAAAAACAAGAUGGAAAACAAGAGGGAUUUGUGGAAGAAUUCAAAGAAAACGAACUUAUUUCAAGUCAAAAUCAAACGGACAACAGUAAUGAAGAGGCUUGCGAUUUACUGAUCACAUCAUAUGAGGAUUAUCAAGAUUUAAAACAAAAUCAAGAAAAAAGCCUCAUACCAAAUAAGAAAAAGAAUUACAUUGUGAAAUUCUUUAAUAACUUAAAUUUCUGUAACACUAGUCAAGGAGAGUCAAAAGCAAAUGAUGAUAAUGUGGUUGAUUUUGAGUUUAAAUUUGAAGAAUGGUGGAAUGAUAUUCAAUCGAAAGUAAAAGAUAGUAAUAAUAGCAUAAGAGAUUACCUAUCUACAUUAAGUACGGUUGAAUUAAUAUUCACAAUUAUAGAAUAUGUUGUUUUAAUUUCAAAAUUACCCAAGCUUGACAAUGGUGACAAUAAUAAUACUUCAAACAAGGAGAUUAUUUUGUUUGAUUUGGCGAAUUAUACUGUAAUCAGUGUACUGCUACCUAUGCUAAUCAGUUAUUACGUUAAUUUUAUACGUUUUGACAUUGAACUAUUGAAUUCAAGAGACCCAUUGAUCUACCAUAUUAGCAAAAUACUAAUUUUUUUGGUUUUGAAUAAAUAUAGUAAACACAUUGUUUGGAAUUGUAAUUCUUGUAGGUUCAAUAUUUUCAAAUAUGGAGAUAUGAGUAUUUUUGAUGAAGAUGUUUUACAAGUUAGUGUUGUUGGUAGUUUGAGUUGUUGUUUAUUAUGUUUAUAUUUGUUUUAG